AUGACAGAUACAAGUGUUGAUGAAGUAUCUCCACUUAUAUUUCAUAGUGCACAUAUUCCAAAUGUACCUGAUAAUCGAACUAUAUUUCAACGAAAACUUUCUGUAUGGUUAAUUCUAUUAAGUGCUGGUUUUGAACG